CGCGGCGCCGCCGACAGACGGGCCCGGCCGCCGGCGGGACGAGACGGAGCGAAGCGGGCAGGCCGCGCGAUCGUGCUGCUGUCCCAGACGGCCUGUUCCCGUGCUGUUGUGGGCUCAGCCCCAUGAGGGCUUGGGCUGAGUGGGAACCAGCAGGGCAUAGAGGCCGGCACGCCUCAGAGUGCUGACGCUGGGAAGCCACUGGACCUGCUGCUCCUGGGACCCUCCUGCUCCCCAGCUCAAGGAACCCCGAUUCUCUGAUGGAUCUGAGGCCCUGCUCGCUGCUGCUGCUCUGGACUCUGGUGGUUGCCCUUGCUCUCCUGGCUCAGGAGGUGCUGGCCCAUCAUAUUUACACCAACACCUGGGCUGUGCUUGUCCCUGCGGGGCCCCAGGAGGCUGACAGGCUGGCCAGGAAGCAUGGAUUCCUUAACCUGGGCCCGAUCUUUGGCGACUAUUACCACUUUCGGCACCGUGGUGUGGUGAAGCGUUCCCUCUCACCCCACCAGCCCUGGCACAGCCGCUUGGCCAGGGAACCACAGGUGCAGUGGCUGGAGCAGCAGGUGGCAAAGCGCAGGACCAAGCGAGACGUUUUCAUGGAGCCCACGGACCCCAAGUUCCCACAGCAGUGGUACCUGUACAACACGAACCAGCGGGACCUGAAUGUCUCAGGCCUGGAGCAGGGAUACACAGGCAAGGGCAUUGUGGUGUCCAUCCUGGAUGAUGGCAUUGAGAAGAACCACCCUGACCUGGAGGCCAACUAUGACCCAGGGGCGAGUUUUGACGUCAAUGACCAGGACCCAGACCCGCAGCCCCGCUACACGCAGAUGAACGACAACAGACACGGCACACGCUGCGCCGGGGAAGUGGCUGCUGUGGCAAACAACGGGAUCUGCGGUGUUGGUGUGGCCUACAAUGCCAGGAUCGGAGGUGGGGCGGUGCGCAUGCUGGAUGGGGAGGUGACUGAUGCUGUGGAGGCCCAUUCCCUGGGCCUCAACCACCACAUCCACAUCUACAGUGCCAGCUGGGGCCCUGAGGAUGAUGGCAAGACUGUGGAUGGCCCGGCCCGGCUGGCAGAGGAGGCUUUCUUCCGUGGGGUCAGCCAGGGCCGAGGGGGGCUGGGCUCCAUCUUCGUCUGGGCAUCCGGGAACGGGGGCCGUGAGCACGACAGCUGCAACUGUGACGGUUACACCAACAGCAUCUACACACUGUCCAUCAGCAGCACGACGCAGUACGGCAACGUGCCCUGGUACAGCGAGGCCUGCUCCUCCACCCUCGCCACCACGUACAGCAGCGGCAACCAGAACGAGAAGCAGAUUGUGACGAAUGACCUCAGACAGAAGUGCACCGAGUUGCACACUGGGACGUCAGCCUCGGCACCCCUGGCUGCUGGCAUCAUUGCCCUUGCCCUGGAAGCCAACAAGAACCUGACCUGGCGGGACAUGCAGCCACUGGUGGUGCAGACCUCAAAGCCAGCUCAUCUCAAUGCCAAUGACUGGGUCACCACGGUGUUGGUCGCAAAGUCCGCCUACUCUACGGUCUGCGGGAUGCUGGGGCCCAUGGUGAGCCUGGCCAAGAACUGGACCACAGUGGGACCUCAGAAGUGCGUCAUCGACAUCCUCGCAGAGCCCAGGGACAUUGGGAAGCGCCUGGAGGUACGGCGGAAGGUGGACGCCUGCUUGGGGAAAGCCAACUACAUCAGCCGGUUGGAACACGCGCAGGCCAGGCUGACGCUGUCCUACAACCGGCGGGGGGACCUGGCCAUCCACCUGGAGCCCAUGGGCACUCGCUCCACCCUCCUGGCUGCAAGGCCCCACGACUUCUCGGCCGAUGGCUUCAAUGACUGGGCCUUCAUGACGACACACUCGUGGGAUGAGGACCCCUCUGGAGAGUGGGUGCUGGAGAUUGAGAACACCAGUGGCAACAACUAUGGCACGAUGACCAAGUUCACACUUGUGCUGUAUGGGACGGCCACCGACUCCCCCAGCCUCUCCAACCAGCUGGAGAGCAGUGGCUGCAAGACCCUCACCCCCAGCCAGACCUGUGUGGUCUGUGAGGAGGGGUACUACCUGCACCAGAAGAGCUGCCUGAAGCACUGCCCUCCUGGCUUUGCGCCCGGUGUCCAGAGCACGCACUACAAUUUGGAGAACAGCGUGGAGCCCAUCGCGCCCCAUCUCUGCCUGCCCUGCCACCCCUCCUGCGCCACCUGUGUGGGACCCGGCCCCAACCAGUGCCUCACCUGCCCUGCACACUCCCACUUCAGCAGCCUGGACCUCUCCUUCCACCAGACACAAAGCAGCCGUGUCCCUGCCCUGGCAGAUGGUGAGGGGCCGGCUGAGGCCCCCUCUCCAGUCAACCUCCCUGUCCUCAUCGCCAGCCUCAGCUGCGUCCUCAUUGUUGUCAUCUUUGUCACCAUUUUCCUGGUGCUGCAGGCACGGUCAGGCUUCAGCCUGCGGGGCGUGAAGGUCUAUGCCCUGGACAGUGGGAUCAUCUCCUACAAGGGGCUCCCCUCCGACAUCUGGCAGGAGGAGGGCCCCUCCGAAUCGGACGGUGAGGAUUACGGCCACAGUGAGAGGACUGCCUUCAUCAGAGACCAAAGUGCCCUUUGAUGAGCCCUCCUGCCCUCCGUCCUCCCUGCCCAGCACCACGUGGCCGGGGCAGGUGAGGCCGAGGGGCCCAGACUCUGCCCCUGUCCCCUUCCUGCACUCCAGCUAACCCGGGCUCCCACCCACUGGCACUGUUCCCUCUGCCCCAGCCUGGGUGGCCUGGCACGGCCUUGCUGGCACCAUCUCCAGCACGGCACUGUCCCAGUCUUUGCACCAUCUCUCCCGGCCCCGCAUCGAUUCUGUGCCACAUGCUGGGGUGUUUGGUGGCUGUGGGGCCCCUGCCCCUGUGCUGGCAGCUGUGUCUCCUACCCUGGGCGGGCAGCUGCUGCUUGGGGUCCCUUGAGUCCUUCAGGGUAGGCAGCAUGUGGGGUCUCUCGAUUGCCAUGGCUCAGGGUGUGGGCUGGCUGGGGCAGGGGUGCUCUGCCCCCCCAGGGCUAAGCAAGCCCAUGCAUGGUGUCCCCCUGUCCCUGCCACCCUUGCAUGACAGGCUGCGGCCUGGCUUGGUUCAUUGUGUUCUGGCUCCCUGCCACCCGGCUGGAACCUGUCCGCCUCCACCGGUGCCCUUCAACAGCAAUAAUGGCCAGGCCUCGGCUGCUGCUGCCGGUCUUGCCCACUCUCUGCCCAUCCCACCAGGCUACCUGCAGUGGCAGGAGCCCUGGCACCGGGGAGUGUGGGGCCAGGCACGCCUUCCCUGUGCCUGCGGUGAGCCCACAGCCUGGGCAGGGACCCCUCGCACAGACCCUGAUCUGGGGGGCUGCCCCAGGCCCUCGUGUUCUGCCCUCAGGCAGCGCUGGUGCCAGCACUGCCCCAGCUCUGCCUGCACCGACCACCUGUGCCAGGCAGUGCCUGGCGUCCCUGCAGCCCCAGCCCCCCUGAUGUGCCUUGCCCCCAUUUGGUGACAAUCCGUUCUGCUCCCCCCGGAGCCCCUUCCCUCGCUGCCCCUUCCCCGCGGGCUGGGGGCUGGUGCCGGCGAGCCCCUUUGCCGUCCGCCGCCACACACUGGGGCCGUGGCAUGGGCUCCCACCCGCGCCAGCCACGGAUGGAGCCACUGGCUGGGGGCCACAGGACUAUUUUUCUAUAACAACUUUUUGGUGCACAGUAAUUUUUUCUUGUAAUUUAAUCAGCCAGGAGCUGCCUCCUGAGCCUGUUUUUAAUUAAUGGAUGUGGAUAUAACGCUAUGAGAGACUGAGUUAUUAAAUGUUCAGAACUAUGCAAACCA